UCUAAAACUAAAGAAUCUGAAGAUGAUGGGCAUAAUGAGCAUUCAAACGGCGAUGGAUCUUAUCGUCGCCGGUGUCUCUCUAAUGAUCGGAUUUGGAUUCUUUGCUCUCAUUGCCUCUGUCCUCUGCUCCGUCGCUUUCUUCCACCACGUCAAAGCCGCAACUCCCAUCUCCACCGCUUUAACUUCUCACCGGAGAUAUAUAGAUUCGUAA